CUCUCUAAUUGCUUUCUUCUCAAUCGUCGCCCUCUCUCGUACAGUUGUCGCUUUUUUUGACCCUUGGAUUAUUUUGCAUUACUCUCCUCCUGCCUCAAUUUGGGUCCUUAAUGGAAAAGACCCUUUAGCUUUGUACCGCUCCAUGUUUCACUGCACUGCGCCACAGGCGUCAUCCCCUACAGCUUCGGUACAGUGCAACUCUUCUCGUGAAUUCUCGUCCAGAGAGCCCCGAUGAAUUAUCAGAAGGCAUGUAGGUUGCUGCAACGAUAAAACUGCUGCAACUCCGUGGAUCUAGCCAGAUUUCGGAUUCCUUUUUAUCCCCGCCAUCAUUGACCCUUACGCCUGGGAUUCCAACCAAGGGUUUUCACGCCGCCAUAAUAUUCAAUUGAAAGAGGUCCCUUGACUCACCAUGGCUUCCGGCAAGUCUUCGCGAAGCAAUGGUCCUCAGACCGACACGGCUGCAGCGACAGGAGCUUAUCGUAGCUCUGGGGGCUACGAGACGCCGGCCCCACAGACCCAUCACGACACCGCAUCGGAGGGUCGACCUGCGACGAACAAGCCGAAGCGGAGGAAGAACCGCCAUCGGAAGCGUCGCAAUCGCCGGCAGUCCUUCCUUACCGCUGAAGAAUCCCAUAAUGCGGCUGCGGUCUCGGGGGCUGACGCGGAGGCCAUGAUUGCGGGGGAUCAGCCCCAUUCUCAUCCGGCACUUCCAUUCUACAAUCUGGGAAGGGAUUUGAGCAGUACAAGCUUGGAGAGUGAGGCUCUGCUGGAUCAUCGAAAUCAACCGAUGAUGCGACCCCGGAGAGAAAGCCGGCUGGCACAGUCCUUUCGACCUGGAUCUAUGACGAUUCCAUCCCGUUCUACCGACUUAGCUUCUCGCGGUACACCCUCCGGUACCAGGGCCUUUCAUGCUGGGGAGGACAGCGAUGGAUCAGACGGAAUAGACGAUCAUACGCCGUUGAUACGACCAUCUUCAGGCCACUAUAACAACAAACCCUGGUAUGGAACAGAUGCCAAGGCAAGCCCCUUUGCAUCGCGCCAGCGACGUGCCUCUGUGCAGUCAGCUUCCUCCCGGUGUUCUCCUCGCGGUCUCGCGACGUCUGACCCUGAUCGAGAUUAUGACAUCAAUAACCCUCCUUCCAUCCCGAGCUCACCGAAGCUGGGAGGUGAGAUGAAAUACGAUGAUGCGGUGGUAACGGGUGCAGACUUUGACUUUGCUCUCGCCAAAUCGAUUGAUAAUCGCAAUCAGGCGGGCUCCCGGCCCAAUGACAUAGUAAUUGACGUGGACGGUCGUUCCACUCAACAGAAGCCUUCAACUCAGUCCUCGCCGAGUUCACCACACCUUCCGCCUCACGAGGCUCUUCGUCGGCGCCGCACUGUCGCACUACCGGUGGAGGAGGAUGUUUGCUUUCCCAUCGAAGAGGCCUCGGAGCUCGCCGAGGAGGAUGCACGGAGAACAUCCCGCGAGGACGGGCGGCGGCGGCGGAGGACUAAGGAAUGGCCGGAUCUGUCUGUUCUGGAAGAAUGGAGUCGGGAGGAGAAGGAGGAACGGACUGGUGUGCUUCGCGCCAAAAAGAUCAGCGAGCCCAUGCUGAUUGAGGGUCGACUGAGACCUCAGUACCGAGUGUGGCGGCGCGAGGAAGAUGAGGCGCCGUAUCGUUUCACUUAUUUCAACGAGGAGUUUCAGAGUACCAUUCAUGCCCAAAGCAUAUCCGAGCUGGUGCAGCCUGGUGGCAGUUUCCGGGAGUUAUUCAUUCCCGAUCCCCCGGAACUGGAGGACUCGUCUGAUGAGGAAGACUUUGAGGAUGAACACAUUCACAGUGACCAUUUCACCGACUCCAACCACAACGGCCAGGACACCGUCAGGGCGGAAGAACCCAGGGCGGCACAGGCCGGUGGACACAAUAUGAAUGCUGCGAAUGGUCCAAAGGUGCAGCAUAAUAUGUCUGUAAUCAGCGAAGGUGUGUCCGAAGCACGCACAUCAGAUGAAGCCUCACCAGCGCGCAAGAUCUCACCACCGAAGCCUAAGAGAUUUGGGCCUCGUCCGACCUUCUGGCUGGAUGUUCUCUCUCCGACAGAUGCGGAAAUGCGCGUGAUUGCCAAGGCAUUCGGGAUCCACGCCCUGACGGCCGAGGAUAUCAUGAUGCAGGAGGCGCGUGAGAAGGUCGAGCUAUUUCGAAGCUACUACUUUGUCAACUACCGUACCUUUGAGCAGGAUCCCAACAGCGAGAAUUACUUGCAACCUGUGAACAUGUACAUCGUUGUGUUCCGGGAGGGGAUCUUGAGCUUCCAUUUCUCGCAGACGCCGCACCCGGCGAACGUGCGACGGCGCAUCCGCCAGUUGAUGGAUUAUUUGAUCCUCAGCUCCGACUGGAUCUCGUAUGCGCUGAUUGAUGACAUCACGGAUGUUUUUGGUCCGCUGAUCCAGUCUAUUGAGGACGAAGUGGACGAGAUCGAUGAGAAGAUUAUGAAGAUGCACUCCCCUGGGCGCAUUGAUUCCAGCGAUAACCCUGCCAACCGCCGAGAGGAUGAGGACGAUGAGCCGGAACCACCGGCUCCCGGCGAGAUGCUGCGACGCGUGGGAGAAUGCCGUAAGAAAGUCAUGGGGAUGUACCGAUUGCUGAGCAACAAGGCAGACGUUGUGAAGGGGUUCGCUAAGCGAUGCAAUGAGCAUUGGGAAGUGGCGCCGAAAUCCGAGAUUGGGCUGUAUUUGGGAGAUAUCCAAGAUCACAUUAUGACUAUGACCAGCAGUCUGACCUACUACGAGACGCUACUGUCACGAGCGCAUUCGAACUAUCUAGCCCAAAUCAACAUCUUGAUGAAUGAACGACAAGAGCAGACCGCAGAUGUCCUUGGGAAGCUUACCGUGCUCGGAACGAUCGUGCUUCCCAUGAACAUCAUCUGCGGUAUGUGGGGGAUGAACGUCAAGGUUCCCGGUCAAGACAUAGAUAAUCUGUGGUGGUUUUGGUCAAUUACUGGAGGCCUGAUCUUCUUCGCUUUUGCUUCCUUCCUGAUUGCAAAGCGAGUCUACAAGAUCGUCUAGGUGGCGAUGUUAUGACGGGCUCGGCGCAGAGCUAUGACAAUGAAACAUGAUAACAUGAUAACAUGAUACCCUGAGUGUGUAUAUUGUUCUCUGAAGAGAUAUUCUGGUAUUUAUGACGGAUUGCACAUGUCACUGUUGGAUAGAUGGGUGAUUGAUUUUGGUGUUGAUGUGUACUCUGUAUAGAAGGGCUCUCCGUUGUCUGUUUGGCUGCAUGUUUCCAUGUUCGGAAAAAUGAUUGCUUCAUUAUCCAGCUACCUGUUUCAUAUAGGACUCUCUAGUCAAACAGAAGGUUGUAUACAGAUCAAAACAAUAAUAUUGCUGCCUACCUGCC